AACCAAGAAGCAUGUGGGACUGUGUGAAAAUACUUUUAUAAAUACGUUUAUUUCAUCCUCCCACACAUGCAGCUUUAGUGACUUCCUCAUUUUCAGAUCUCUACGUUGUUUUAAAAAUAAGCACAACUUUUAAGGAUCUUCAUUUCUCUGCACAUCUGCCAUCGAUCUGCUCGAAGGACAAAAACAAAUAGUUUCUGCCUCUCCUGACUCACAAAGAUGGCUGCAGCUCUGACUCUCCUUCUCAUUGGUUCUCUGCUGCAAGGUGCUCAGAGUAAAGAGUUUAAGGCAUUUGUGCCGCAGACUAUAGAGGUUCUUACAGGAUCCUGUGUGACCAUCCCCUGCUCCUUUGAGAUAGAAGAUCAAUAUGAAUCAAACCUAAAUGACACAUGUAGAGCACAAUGGAAACUUGGUUGGGAAAAAGUUUUGUUUAACAGCAAAGAUCAACAAACAAGUUUAAAUAAAGGAGAACUGAUAGGAGACUUGACAAAAAAAAACUGCACCACAACCCUAAACAACAUUCAACCUGCUGGCAACUAUAGUUAUUUCUUCAGGUUGGAAUGUGACAACGGUCUAAAAUAUGAUUUUUCUGCAAAAAGAGUUCUUCUUUCAGUCAAAGAUGUUCCUCCCAGACCGACUCUGACUCCGUCAGCUCUGAAGGUGGAGGAGGGAGCCUCAGUGAGUUUGAGGUGCUCUGCUCCAGCUCCAUGUCUGUCUCAUCCUCCAACUGUGACAUGGACCAAAGGCCUGGGGGACAUUGUGGAGACACUGCAGGAGAAUAAGGACAGAACCAAAGUCCUGACCUCUGUUGUGACCUUCACUGCCUCUCACAAGCAUCAUGGAGAGACAAUCUCCUGUGAGGCCUCCUACCACAAACAGGAUGGAAGCGCUGAGUCAGCUGCUACUUUAACAGCUGCUACUUUAACAGCUGAUGUUUCAUAUUUCCCCAAAGUCACCACAGUGUCAGUCUGUCCCUCUGGUCCAGUACUAGAGGACAGUAGUGUGACUCUGACAUGCAGUAGUACUGCUAACCCAGCAGUGAAGAACUACACCUGGUACAGAGCGGAUGGAGAACAGGAGACUUUUAUUGGGACGGGACGUGUUCUCACCAUCAAAGCCUCUAAAGAAGACAGUCCUUUUCUCUGCACGGCUCAGAAUGAUGUUGGAGUUGGACGAUCCAACAACACACACAUAGACGUUCAAUAUUCCCCCAAAGUCACCACAGUGUCAGUCUGUCCCUCUGGUCCAGUAUUAGAGGACAGUAAUGUGACUCUGACAUGCAGUAGUACUGCUAACCCAGCAGUGAAGAACUACACCUGGUACAGAGCGGAUGGAGAACAGGAGACUUUUAUUGGGACGGGACGUGUUCUCACCAUUAAAGCCUCUAAAGAAGACAGUCCUUUUCUCUGCACGGCUCACAAUGAUGUUGGAGUUGGACGAUCCAACAACACACACAUAGACGUUCAAUAUUCCCCCAAAGUCACCACAGUGUCAGUCCGUCCCUCUGGUUCAGUACUAGAGGACAGUAGUGUGACUCUGACAUGCAGUAGUACUGCUAACCCAGCAGUGAAGAAGUACACCUGGUACAGAGCGGAUGGAGAACAGGAGACUUUUAUUGGGACGGGACGUGUUCUCACCAUUAAAGCCUCUAAAGAAGACAGUCCUUUUCUCUGCACGGCUCACAAUGAUGUUGGAGUUGGACGAUCCAACAACACACACAUAGACGUUCAAUAUGCAGCACAGAUCCUGCUCUCAUCCGACUGCAUCACAGCUGGAGACCAGCUCAACUGCUCCUGCUGGACUCUGGGAAAUCCUCCUCCCACUGUACGCUGGUAUCUGAACGGGUCACCUGUCAAUCACUCCGAGGAGCUUUCAGUAAGCAGCGAGCGUCUAAAUGACACCACGUGGAGCAUCAUCACGGUGAAUAGACAGCAGGAGGCGGGUCUUUCCUCGCUGCUCUGCCGCAGCGUGAACUCUCGGGGAUCUGCUACUCAGCGGUUUUGUGUCGGCAGCUCAGAGCCUCAGAAGUCUGCUCAGAGUCCAGACCGAGUGAUGUUGACAGUUUUCAUCAGUGUGGUCGUCGCUCUACUUGUACUAGUAUGUGCUCUGCUGUUUGUGAUCAGGGCUCAGAAGACCCACCAUGACCGCCUGAGGAGUCAGUGCACCGGGGACACCAGCACGGUGGCUGCAGGCCAUCUUCUAGGUGGAGAGGGACAGGAGUUACCAAACAACGCAGAAGGAGCCAGCGGAGGCUCAGAGAAGACCAGUGAGGAGGGCAAAGAUGUGGUUUACUCGACUGUGAACCAGAGGACCAGGAGCCAGAAGAAGAGGGCCGAGGCCUCGGAGGAGAGUCCCCAGCCGGGUGGCUCGUCUCUGGAGGAGGAGAUGUGCACGGCGGGAGGAACGCUCAGAGCUUUGUGA